AUGCCUCCUGGCCCCCUGGCAGCACCCCAGAGCCCCAGGACCCUGGGCCACAGAGCUGGGGGUCAGUUGAUUCUUGCACCCUCCUGGUGCUCAUCCAGCAGGAGUGGUGCUGGCUUUCUUCUUCCUUCACUGGCCUGCCAGGGAGGGAGGAAGGAGACUUGGGCAGCCGACAGAGGGGGCCAUGUUUCUGCAGGUGAGGACUCCAUUAGCACCCUGGGCCUGAUCCUCGGCGUGGGACUCUCGUUGCUGCUUGUGUCCAUCCUGGGCUACAGCCUGGCCAAGUGGUACCAGCGUGGGUACUGCUGGGAGGGGCCUAAUUUUGUCUUCAACUUGUACCAGAUCAGGAACCUGAAGGAGCUGGAGGUGGGUCCACCUUUCACCAUCAGUGGCCAUGUCAGCAGUUCGGAUGGUGGCUACAUGAAGUUCUCCGACAGGCUAGUCUGAUGGGGGAGUGUCAGGCUCUGGAGCCCGGGAGAGGAGGAGACUCCUGGGGAGGCACCUGCCCCUCAUGGGCUCCCCGGGCUGCCUUCAACCUCUGGAGUCUUGUUGUGGAUGAUGAGGAGUCACUCCAGGUGCACCAUAGGCCUGCAGCAGGAGGACCCCCAGGAGGUUCUCUGGACAGAGUCUGGUAGGGUAGCACUGGCUUUCUCCUACAAACAAAAAGAUAGGCAUUUGCCCAGGAGUAGAGACUGGUUCCCAGGAGACCCUGAGCCUGGGGAGGGGUUCCAGGUGUCCCGGAGAACAAAGGCCUCCCAGCUCAGCCCAGUGUAGGCAAGGCCUGCAGCCCCACAGGGGAGCUCUCCACGGGACAUCCCCAGGCACUUCCCCUCGAAGGGCGGACUCCAGAGGUCGGAAAACCAGUCAUAUCUUUAAUAGGCAAAGUCAUGUGGGAGUGGAGGUGA